AUUUAAAAUACUGUAUUGUGUAAGUACGACUAUUAUUGACAUAGACUUAAAUUCAUUCAAGCUAUCGGAUCAAGUUUGGUGAAGUGAUACAUUUUUUCUCAAAUACCCAACAUAUCCAGGCAUAGUAGAAUGGCAUCUGCAGGAGGAACACGUGUCUUCAAGAAGAGCAGCCCAAACGGAAAGAUCACCGCCUAUCUUGGAAAAAGGGAUUACGUUGAUCACAUCACACAAACAGAUCCAAUUGAUGGUGUCGUACUCAUUGAUCCAGAAUAUUUGAGAGGAAAGAAAGUUUUUGCAAAACUGCUAUGUGCUUUUCGAUAUGGAAGAGAAGAUCUUGAUGUAUUGGGAUUGACCUUUAGAAAAGAUUUUUAUACAGCAACCAAACAAGUUUAUCCACCAGAGAAUGAUGAUGAGAAGAAACCAAAAACAAGGUUGCAAGAAAGAUUGAUGAAAAAGCUUGGAUCAAACGCAUAUCCAUUUUUCAUUGAGAUCCCAGCUCAUUCACCAUGCUCAGUAACUUUACAACCAGCACCAGGAGACACUGGAAAACCAUGUGGAGUCGACUAUGAGUUGAAAACAUACGUUGCAGAGGAAGCAGAAGAUAAACUGCAUAAAAGAAAUUCAGUAAGACUGGCCAUACGAAAAGUCCAGUAUGCACCAGACAAACAAGGUCCACAACCUACUGGAGAAAUUAGAAAAGAUUUUUUAAUGAGCGACAAACCGCUUUGCUUGGAAGCGUCAUUGGACAAAGAACUAUACUACCACGGAGAAACGAUCAAUGUUAAUGUUCAAGUUACAAACAAUUCAUCAAAAACUGUAAAAAAAAUUAAAAUUUUUGUUCGACAAUUUGCAGACAUUUGUCUUUUUUCAAGUGCACAGUACAAAUGUCCUGUUGCGUCUAUCGAAGCAGAUGACCAGGUUGCACCAAGUUCGACACUGUGCAAAGUAUAUCAAAUCUGUCCGAUUCUAAGCAAUAAUAAAGAUAAGAGGGGUCUUGCUCUUGAUGGACAAUUGAAACACGAAGACACAAAUCUUGCAUCCAGUACAAUAAUAAAGGACGGAGUUCCCCGAGAAAAUCUUGGCAUCAUUGUUCAGUACAAAGUCAAAGUUAAACUUGUUAUUGGUGGUCUUGGCGGAGAAUGCAGUCUUGAAUUACCAGUAACUCUGAUGCAUCCCAUGCCCGAACCUGAAAUUGAUUCGAAGGAUGACAAAUCUCUACCUACGUCAGAGUGUGACAAAACAGAAAACCAGGCUGAUCAAGCAUUGGAACCCAAUCUUAUUUCUUUCGACUCUAAAGAACCAGAUGAUAUAGUUUUUGAAGAUUUUGCCCGCAUGCGUUUAAAAGGAGAUCCCGCAGUUUAAUGGAAUGAAUAUUUUACUAUUCAUCGAGAGUGCCGCCACAACUGAAUGGACUCUAUCGCUGCAUGAAUGCUAUACAACAGCUCGUCGUGACUGUAUUGUUAUCCAUUGUGUCUUGCAUAAUUGUUUCAUCAUUUAAACGUCUUCAUGUUUGUUAAAUUAUUGGCAGUAGUUAAAAUGGACACAAUUUGUACAUAGAUCAGAGUUAUUUUUACUUUACAAAUUUAGGCAAAAGUUUUUUUUUUCUCUGUUCUAUGAAACUUUCUAAAACUCAGGGUCUGUUAUUCACACCCAGUUCUUCAGUAUAACAUGCAUGACAAACUAUAAAAUGAUAGUGGAUUUAUUUUAUCAUCUACAUGCUAUGUGACAUAUAUUAUUUAUGCAUGUCUUGUAGUGUGAGUAGGCAUGGUCGAUCUACAGCUUAUACACAAGUAUUACAAUGGGUUCCUACUUUGUAAACUUUAUGUCCAUGGGAAACUGUUAUGAACUUUGUGCCAGGCCAGAUUUGGGGCCUAGGUAAAUAACGAGAAUACUGAAUCUGACACUUGUUGAAUUUGCAGUAAAUAUCGUGAGAGGUUUCAGAAUGUCUCAAAUUCACAUUACAUACACAUUGAUUGAACUCGCAUUCUGCCCUACAUCUGUCACAAUUAUAGGAACCUUAAUUUGGAUUAGUCGAGUAACCAAAUUUUAUUAUUUCAAUAUUUAUUAUAUUUCUCAUAAAUACUUGAUGAAAACAACCACUUUAGUUGUUAUAGCAGAAAGCUCACAUUGUUCUUAUGUUCUGCCCUCCUUCAACUCGCCUGAGUGAGCCAUGUGAAGAAUUUGUUCAAAAAGAUUAGGCAUUAAAAUGUGUUAUAUCCUUUUGCACUUUUUAUCAAUUUGGAAUCAAUAUCGGAAAUGAAUUGCAAAUCAGAACUUUUCAUUAUUGAACUAUAUUAACACAUCAUUUGCUCUAUAAAAGAAUGAAUUUGAAUGUACUGUAUUUAAGAGCACCUAUUUCUGUUUCUUGUAUGGUCUUUUAUAUUUCUCUUAACAAGAAACAUGAUUGCUGCAUGUGUAUUGUAUUAUUUUGUUCUUUUUAUUUCUGCCCUAUUAUUUUUCUAUGAUUAGUCUCUUCGAUAAAUAACUAACAAACUUGCCGAGUCUUUAAUACCUGGCAUUCAGUAUAUUUUACAUUUGGCAGUUUUUUGCUUUCCAUAAGGGCUACAAAAGUUGAUAGCUAUUUACACAUUUUUUUGUUGGUUUGCAAAAAACCUCUUCUCCAUGUCACAGAGAGCAAUCAUGUAUUACGUCAUUCAAAGGAAGUUCCUGUAAAAUUAGUCCAUAUUCAAUAUAUUAUUUGAUCCUUAGAAGAAUAAAGUUAUCAUCUAAUGUGUCCAAAGUCAGAAUUUCGCUGGCGCCACCAAUCAUUAAUGGUAGCAUUUGUCUUACUUACACAAGGUCUCUAUCAUGACUCCAUGACUUACUUUUUAAAGAUUUAAAUCAAAAAUGAAGCAGUGGAUACUAUUAGAUAUAAAAUUCCUUUUUUACUUUGAUCGAAAUUUUUGUUGGUUAUAUAUUCAUAUAGUUCCCCCUGCUGGCUGCUCCACAUUGAUUUGGCGUCGGUUAGAUUGUCAUAUUUUUGUUCCGUCUAUAAGUGCAAUGAACAUCCUCAGACUUUUUUUCUUGCUUUUAUUAUUCAGAAACAACCUAAAUCGAUUUUUUGCAUCUGUUUUCCGGCUACAUUUCUUGAAACCGAGUUCAACUUUCCUUACUCAAGCUGCGGAGGAGUUUGUUGAUAAAUUGUAAACUUCAUUUAAAUGAAUUCGAAAGAAGUAUAAUUUGUUGAUCAUUGUCUUCAGUAUAAUAGUUUAUAUGUAUGGUUUCCAUCCUUAUUAUUAGUUAGACAAAUGUUUUGAUAUCUUUUAUCUUAUGAAAAGAACUUCUGGAAAGCAAUUGUACAAUCGAUUUGUCAUUUUUCUAUCUUAAUAAAGAAUACUAUGAUUUGAUGUUGAUUCGCUCACAAAAUGCAGUAACCCUUUUUCACUUUUGUUGUUGAAGCUUUUGACAUUAAGAUGCUUCAAUUUUUUGUCGCUUUGUAUGUAUUAUUUUAUUUGACAUAACCAUGAGAACUCAAGUAGAUUUUUGUCAAUUUCACAGGUGUUGCCAGGAGAUAAUGUUGCCCCAAAAUGUCUAAUAAUCUCUCUGUUUUACAUCUGUAUUUGAAUCUAUUUCAAAUUGUGUAUCAUAGUGCAAUUCCUAAACCAUUUUGAUUUUUGAAAGUCUCUAAUUGUUUGGUAAAAUUUCCAAAUUUAAGUGUAAUCUUCGCUGUCCAUAAUUCGCUAACUUCCCUAUUUUAAAAACAUGUAUCGAGUGUAGUAGCAGCGCACUUAAUGGUAUAUGUUGUAACAAGGGUCCAUUCUUGGCUGAAUUUAAUUGAGCAUAUUAUCCUAUUAUAUAUGGUUAUAUAACCAUGUCUUGCUUAACAAUUUGAAUAUUUAUUGUAUUUGAUGUUUGUUUCUUUGUUAUGAUUGCUUUCCAAGAAGGUGUUUUACUAUUUCCUGUGUAUAAUAUCAUAAACGUGUACAUAGAAAUUCAUUCUUAAUAUAAAUGCUGAUAAUAAUAGGCAACACUUGUUGGAGCUUAUUUCAUGAUACACAGAUUUCAGUAUACAGCAAUGAUUUUCUUAUAUUGUGUUUUGCGUUACAGUAUGUAUAUUCAUCGUUCAAACUUUUCAAGGCGUAUGUUACAAUUGCUUAUAUGAAAAAGUUUGAAAUUGCUGCAAUGUAAACUAGAAUAUUCUGUACCACAUUAAUCGUGUGGUAAUCAGGAUUCCUUGUUUGAUUCUUUUGCCACACUGGUUGCACCUUCCUAUUCUAAUAAUAUCAAUGUUUUCGGUGUUGUACCUAUUGAUGAUAUUGUAUUGUGUAUUAUUAUGACUUGUUAUUUGGAGCCAGAUAUUUUAACAUGUUUUUGUGAUUUAAAAUUAAGAAAAGACUGCAAAUCUUUUGCUCUCUCUA